UUUACAUCUUUUUUUCACAUCAAAGUUAUAUUCAAACCAGAUUUGGUUUCUAGCAAAGAAUUUGUUUUCGCAAAUAGAUUUAUUUAAUUUAAGACAAUGGAUGAAGACCUAGGAAAGGAAGAAUCCAAGCACACAGCCCAAAAUGAUAAAAGACUAUCCCUUAACUUUGCGGACAAGGACGACAAGGAAAAUGCUAAAUUUAAUGAUGCCCGUUUAGUCGACAUUCUAAGGAACUAUCCAUUACUCUAUAACAAAUCUCUGGAAAGCUAUGGCGAUCCCGACUACACUCAAUGGAUGUGGGGAGAAAUUGCAAAUGAAAUGAACGAGCCCCACCGUAAAACCACCCUCAAUUUGCCAUUCAAUUGGACGACCUGCCGAGACCAGUGGGAAAUAGUGAAAAGGUCAUUGCGUUACUUGAGCAAUCCAGCCGCAAAGUCAUUUCGCUAUCCAAAACAAUUCAGAGAAAGUUUGGAGUUCUUCCAGAACUACAUCAGGGAUCGUAAAGAGCCUCCGCACACCGACCGGUCCCAAGAUCUUUUUCUUAGCUUUUCGGGUCUAGUAGAGCAAUUGCCAUUUGAAAAACAGUUGCUUCUGGAGAAAGAAGUUCUUGAUUUGAUUCUCUCGAAUGAGCUAGAAUUCUGUGCACCAGUAGUUGAUCCCGAGGCUGUGGAGGGACAAGCCCGAGAAGAAUUUGCCAAAGUAAUUGGCUUGCUCAUGCCAGAAGUGGACGUGCGAACAGUUCAAAACGAACUUUCCACCGAGCCUGAAACGGAACUAGGUCUGCUUGAGGAGAUUAUUCAAAAACCAGAAACCAGCGCGUUUGCUGCCCAGCCAAUUACAUUCACAACAGAACCCGUAGAAGGAAUAGAAAUUAAACAGGGCGUCAUCUUAAACAGAGCUGUACCACAAUUUGACAUAAAGAACUUCAUUCGAAUUCAGCCGGAAAGAGAGACCACUGAAAUACCUGAAUUGCAGAACAACGUCCAUUAUUCAAUACAAGACGUAGCAGAAGUGGAAGACAUUAUUGAGGAAGUUGGAGAGGAAAGUGAAAUGCCAGUAAAUGACCACACUCAAGAAGUUGUGAUGCAGGAGUGUGUCUACGAGCAACAGGACUACAUACAAGAGGAGGAUCUUAUCGAAGAAGUUAUUUCUGACGGCGGCGGUGUUGUCGGUGUUGUCGGCGUAAAGGAUAUGCCUUCUUUGAACAUAAGUGAAGGUUACGAGGUGCCUGGCAGUCGAUUGGACUUCGAUGGCGUUUUAAAUGAAAUGUUAGAGUAAUGAAUGUUAUUAAUAGAACAUUAUAGCUCUUCUUAUGUGUACACUGAAAAGUUAAAGUUAGUUUUCCAAUAAAAAAAAAGAAAUAUUUUCUAA